AUGUAUAUCUCCCUCCACUCUCGAGCAGCCCUCAGCUCGACCUACAAAGGUCUCGUGUUUGGAGUGUCAGUGAAUGGCAACAACGAUAAGAAAUGUCAGGAGGAGUGUGACAGUCUACCUGGAUGUCAGGUGACAUGGCGUAGCGAUGUCAACAACAGGUGCUGGGUUGUCAUAGGAAACUGUAGCAGAAUUGAUACAGCAGCAGUAACUGUAGAGGUGCCAACAGAUCUGAGGGACACACCCAACUCGUGCUACCCUGAUGUCAGCCUAGGUCAGGUGACCUCAUCAAGCGCAGAAGUGUCCACGCGCAUGACGACGUGUCCCCCAGCGAUAACCAGCACUGUCAAUAUGGUCAGCACUCACGUGACCACCACCACCACCACCACCAUCGCAACCACAACCACCAUGCACACGACCACACAGACAGUAGGUUGGACGGAUUACUUGACCACAACAGUCUACCCUGCCUGUUCGGACCUUAGUGCUCACAUCUCACUGGCGACUCAGCUUAUUUCAAACCCAGCCACGCCCAGCAUUCAGCUCCAAGCCUCCUUCUCCGGCUCCCAGCUCCCACACAGCUUCUCAGACUGCCCAGAGCCGGAAACAGUCACAAACCACGUGACAGCCGCCAGCGACACAUGCACGUCUACGCUGUAUGUGACGUCAUCAAGUGGGCCGACGCCGUCACUUCCGCUGCCAGUUGGAGCCGACAGCCCCGGGAAUACAUUGUUGUCUGGCAUUGGAAGUACGUCACCACACAGAUCGGCCUUGAGUGGCGACCCCUUGAACUCUGACCCAACGACGUCGCUGACCCCGUCCCAAAUCGACGCCCUGGUAGCGUCCAUCGUGGCCGAGCUAAGCCUAGACCACGGGGAACUCUCCAACUCGCGGAGGAAGAAAAUCUCCGCCUACGACGGCCGGACGACGGCCGAGGUGUCUGGCGUGGUUGCCUGCAUCUUCCUGGGCUGUUCUAUCGCAUGCAUCGUCCUGCUGGACGUGCCUCUGCUGGUCAAUCAUUGCAUGAGGAGGGUCAAAGGUUGCAAGAGAUAG